AUGAAUCUCGUCAGCAAUCGGGGGCUCGGAAUUAUCCUGCGCAGCAUUAAGAUCGAUUAUAAAUUCCCAAUGCAAUACCCAGACAAAGUCACAGUCUACCAUAAACUUGCCCACGAUCCCGAAUCCUCACAAUCAUCCCAAUUCGCAUUCCAUCUGCAAGUCAUGAUUGUGUCUGAAGCGCGCCAGCGGCCUGCUGCUCGGGUUCAUGAGGAUCUUGUCACGUAUGACUACAAAAUAGGGAAGAAAGCUGCCCUCCCGCCCUUCCUGAUGGAGCAGUUUAAGGAUACAUGGAAGCUCCAAGAGGAAGCUAAGAAGCACUGGCGGCAGCGGAUUCUUGAUAUCGAAGCGAGAGUUCGAAAACUGGAGGUGGACAGCUGGGAUAGAGCAGAUGCUGUUGAGGAUACAGGUUCUGCGAAGCAGUGA